AUGGCGCCCCUCGUCGACAACCCCCAGAUAAAGCAGGCCGAGCUGUUGCGCCCGCUGCCCUUUCAGUUCCACGCCUACGUCUGGCCUUUCGCCAUCAUCUGGCCCAUCUUCCUGGCCUUCUACUUGACACCCGACCUCUACGAGAAGCACAUUGGCGCAGAGGAAUGGACCGUCUUCUGGUGCGGUACCAUCAUCACCCUCCAGACCCUGACAUGGCUCAGCACCCACUGGAGCGUCGGCCUUGAGGCCAGCUUCACGGCCUCCAAGGCCAAGGACAUUGAGGAUGCGCAGUUGAUCAAGGUCAUUCCCAUCGCCAACGCCGGGUCUGCCGAGAUUUGCAAGCUGGUUCGCGACAAGUCGACCCAGGCUGGCGGCAAGCUCAACACCUCGUUCCUCUUCCAGAAGCGCCGUUUCCUCUACGACCCCGAGACAAAGUCGUUUGGUACGCUCAAGUUCGACAUCGACGCCGAGCCCAAGGCCACCAUCGGCCACUUCCAGACCGCCAAGGGUAUCCAGACCCAAGUCGAGUUGUCGCGCAUCGAGCAGCACUAUGGCCUCAACACCUUUGAUAUUCCCGUCCCUACCUUCACCGAGCUGUUCAAGGAGCACGCCGUUGCGCCCUUCUUUGUCUUCCAGAUCUUCUGUGUUGGUCUCUGGAUGCUCGAUGAAUACUGGUACUACUCGCUCUUCACUCUCUUCAUGCUCGUCGCCUUCGAGAGCACUGUUGUCUGGCAGCGCCAGCGUACCCUUAACGAAUUCCGCGGCAUGAGCAUCAAGCCCUACGAUAUGUGGGUGUUCCGACUUGGCAAGUGGACCGAGAUCCAGAGUGACCAUCUUCUUCCCGGCGAUCUUGUUUCUGUUGGCCGAACCAAGGAGGACAGCGGUGUCGCCUGCGACAUGCUUCUGGUUGAGGGAACCGCCAUUGUCAACGAGGCUAUGCUCUCUGGUGAGAGUACUCCUCUCCUCAAGGACUCGAUCCAGCUUCGCCCAUCUGAUGUCUCCUUGGACACCGAGGGUCUCGACAAGAACGCUUUCCUCUGGGGAGGCACCAAGGUCCUCCAGGUUACUCACGGAAACCCCGAUCAAGAGAAGCCCAAGCUCUCUUCCGGUGUUCCCCCUCCUCCUGACAACGGCGCCAUGGCUAUUGUGAUGAAGACCGGUUUUGAGACUUCCCAGGGUAACCUGGUGCGAACCAUGAUCUACUCCACCGAGCGAGUCUCUGCCAACAACGCCGAGGCUCUCUUCUUCAUUCUGUUCCUCCUCAUCUUCGCCAUUGCCGCCGCCUGGUAUGUCUGGGAUGAGGGUGUCCGCAAGGAUCGCAAGCGCUCCAAGCUCAUGCUGGACUGCGUCUUGAUUGUCACCAGUGUCGUUCCUCCUGAGCUUCCCAUGGAGCUUAGUCUUGCCGUCAACACCAGUUUGGCCGCUCUCGCCAAGCUUGCCAUCUUCUGUACUGAGCCUUUCCGUAUUCCCUUUGCUGGCCGCGUCGAUGUGGCCUGCUUCGACAAGACUGGUACUCUGACUGGUGAGGACCUCGUUGUUGAGGGUAUUGCCGGUCUUGCUCUUGGACACGAUGAGAUCAAGGACACCAAGGAGGCUGAUGGCGCCCACUCCACCAUGACUGCUGUCACCGAGGCCAGCCUGGAGACCAAGCUCGUUCUUGCCACUGCCCACGCCCUGGUUAAGCUUGACGAGGGAGAAAUUGUUGGUGACCCCAUGGAGAAGGCUACCCUUACUUCUCUCGGCUGGACUCUUGGCCGAAAUGACACCCUCAUGAGUACAAACAAAGCUGGCACCACCCACGGUACCGUUCAGAUCAAGCGUCGAUUCCAGUUCUCUUCGGCCCUCAAGCGUCAGAGUUCGGUCGCCAUGGUUCACGGCAACGAUAUCAAGAAUGGUCACAAGAUUAGGGGCACCUUCGCCGGUGUCAAGGGUGCGCCUGAGACUAUCCAAAAGAUGCUUACCACUGUUCCCCACGACUACGAGGAGACCUACAAGUACUUUACUCGCAAGGGUUCUCGUGUUCUGGCCCUCGCCUACAAGCAGCUUACCCAUGACUCCGAACUGGGCUCUGCUAGGAUCAAUGAACUGAAGCGAGAGAAGGUUGAGUGUGACUUGACUUUUGCCGGCUUCCUCGUGCUCCACUGCCCCCUCAAGGAUGAUGCCAAGGAAGCUGUUCAGAUGUUGAACGAGAGCAGCCACCGUGUGGUCAUGAUUACCGGAGACAACCCUCUUACCGCUGUUCACGUCGCUCGAGAGGUCGAGAUCGUUGACCGUGAGGUUCUCAUUCUUGAUGCCCCUGAGGACAACGCUGGCGGCGAGAAGCUUGUGUGGAAGAGCGUCGAUGACAAGGUCAGCAUCAAGGUUGAUCCCUCCAAGCCCCUUGACCCCGAGAUUCUCCGCACCAAGGAUAUCUGUGUUACUGGUUACGCCCUCGCCAAGUUCAAGGACCAGGCUGCCUGGAACUCUCUCCUCCGACACACCUGGGUCUACGCUCGUGUUUCCCCCAAGCAGAAGGAGGACAUUCUUCUCGGUCUCAAGGAUAUGGGUUACUACACUCUGAUGGCUGGUGACGGCACCAACGACGUCGGUGCCUUGAAGCAGGCUCACAUUGGUAUUGCCCUCUUGAACGGAACCCCCGAGGAUCUUACCCGCAUUGCCGAGCACGCUCGCAACAGCAAGAUGAAGGAGAUGUACCAAAAGCAGAUCGAGCUGAUGGCCCGCUUCAACCAGCCCCCUCCCCCUGUUCCCGCCCUGAUUGCCCACCUGUACCCUCCUGGUCCCACCAACCCUCAGUUCCAGAAGGCCAUCGAACGCGAGGCCAAGAAGAAGAACGUGACUCCCGAGGAGUACGCCAAGUCCCAGGGCCAUGCUCUCGAGACCAUCACCUCUCCCGGUGCCCAGCAGCUCAUCAACUCGGACCCUCGUGCCGCUCGUCAAGCCGAGAUCAACAACAAGGCCGCUGGAUUCGCCGACAAGCUUGCGUCUGGUAUGAUGGAGGCUGACCUUGGAGAUGAUGAGCCACCUACUCUGAAGCUCGGUGACGCCUCUGUUGCUGCCCCUUUCACCUCGAAGCUGCGAAACGUCAUUGCCGUGCCCAACAUUAUCCGACAGGGUCGUUGCACUCUCGUUGCCACCAUUCAGAUGUACAAGAUUCUCGCCCUCAACUGUCUUAUCACCGCCUACUCCCUGUCUGUCCUGUACCUCGAGGGUAUCAAGUUUGGCGACACUCAGUACACCAUCAGUGGUAUGCUCAUGUCCGUCUGCUUCCUGAGCAUCUCUCGCGCCCGUGUUGUCGAGGGUCUGAGCAAGGAACGUCCUCAGCCCAACAUCUUCAACGUUUAUAUCAUUGGCUCUAUUCUGGGACAGUUUGCCGUCCACAUUGUCACCCUCAUCUACAUUGCACGCCUGUGCGAUCGCCUUGACCCUCGCUCUGAUGACAUUGACCUCGAGGCCGAAUUCUCUCCUUCUCUCCUCAACUCAGCUGUCUAUCUCCUCCAGCUUAUCCAGCAGAUCUCGACAUUUGCCAUCAACUACCAGGGCCGUCCCUUCCGUGAGUCCCUCUCGGAGAACAAGGGCAUGUUCUACGGUAUCGUCGGUGUCUCUGGCCUGGCCUUUGCCUGCGCUCUCGAGCUCUUCCCCGACAUCAACUCGGGCAUGAAGCUUGUUCCCUUCUCGGAAGAGUUCAAGACCAACAUGACGGCCGUCAUGGUCAUCGACUAUGCAGCUUGCUGGAUCAUUGAGGUCGGCCUGAAGAAGUUCUUCAGCGACUACCGACCCAGAGAUAUUGCUGAGCGAAGACCCGACCAGCUCGCCCGAGAGGCGGUUCGACGGGCUGCCGCUCAGAAGAAGAAGGAGGAGGAAGAUGAGAAGAAGAGGAUGGAGAAGGUGGCCGAGUUUGAGAGGAAGGUUGAGGAGCGGAGGAGAAAGAUUGAGGAGUGGAGAGCGGCCAGGGCUUAA